AUGAGAACUAACAGCCACAACCUCUGGGUUCUAUUUUUUCUCUUUGAAGUUUUGAUUGGGCGGGCUUUAGCAAUUCGAUUCCGCUGGCCAUGGCAGAGGGAGGGGAAACUGCCCAUCAUCUCUAUAAACUCAAAAAUAGGAACUAUAGAUCAAUACAUCGAAAAAUAUGAUCUUCUGGUUAAACCCGGUUAUCAAAAGGACAAGGACUUUAGGCAGAAGGUCGAGGCGGCACUAAAAAAGGUUGCGGCGCCGCCACAGGCGCUGAAUAUUUACGCUGUUGAAAGUUCAUUUCUGGGCUGUGUGGCCUUUGAGGUUGCUACGGAGCAGGGCUCUCGAGAUGCUAUUUCGAAAGUUCGUAACAAAUUUAAGAACAAAUUAAGUAAGCCUGUACUAGUACUCUCGGAUCCUUAUGCCAUCGAUAUUUAUGGCGACGACAUAUAUGAGUCCUGGGAAGAUGCGCCUUGGACUAUUCCAGAAAGCGAAGCAAUUCCUCGUAGCUUCUCUAGUGGCAGCGAUCCUCAUUCGGGGGCGGCUAUGUGGGAGACAAGCGGCGAUCUCGGUCUUGAUCUCGGUCUUUCCUCGCCGCCGCCACCGCGUUAUUUGCGACUUCGAGACCCUAACCACCAGAAGGAGAACCGACGGAGUCCCGCUUCUGCCUUCAAUAUUGAUCAGGUUCCUGUCGUGGCUGAUUGGUACUCGGGCGGCCUUCCGGAAAUGCGGCAAAUAUCUCAACCACCAGGACUAUACGAAGACCAGGUGGCAGAAUUUGGGCAGCUGGCAGAUGCUUUUUGGAAUUAUAAGGAGGGGGGGAAGGGCCAGGUUGUAUAUGUGUUGGAUAACGGCCUUGAUCAUCUUCACCAGGAACUAGCGGACGUCGAAUUCGGCGAUUGGAUCAUGGCGGGCUAUUUCCCUACCGAUGAGAAGGGGGGGCGUCGCAUUAGUCCGAACCAGCCAACGCAUGCAACUAUGGUGACUAGCAAAGUAGCUGGCAGAACUUUAGGGGCUGCACGGGAAGCUAAGAUUAUUCCAGUUCUUUUCGAUUCUGGACGCACUGACAUAGGAAAUAGCGCAUUUAUUGCGAUUAUUGAUGGAUUCGCCAAGAUUUAUGAUCAUAUAAGGAGAGUAAAUAGCAGGAGUAACUGCAUUGUGAACGUAUCUUUGAUCUUGACUCCGGAGCACUGGCAGGAUUUGUUCUUGUGGAAUCGAGUAGGAUUUGGUGACCCUCGAGAAAUUAUGGAGCACUACAGGAAGGCUAUGUACUAUAUAUUGGAGGAGCUUAAUCUUCUCCGUAAUGCCAUCUUGGUACUCAGUGCGGGAAAUGAAGAUGGCACCGAAAUAGACGGAUUUCCGGCAAAUUUCGGCGGAGACUCUAAAUUCAGCAAGAGAACUGUUGUAGUAGGGGGUACCGAUCUAGACGGGCACAAUUAUUAUCAGGAAGCUCAUUUUGUCAGAGUGUGGGCGCCAGCGGCUAAUUUGUCACUUCCUUGCGAUCCAAGCGGGCCAGGAUUUGGCGAAAGAUUCAUGAGCCGAAGGCGCGAUUUAUGUGAGCCCAGGUUCGGAACUUCGUUCGCGGCACCAAUGGUUACAGGAGUCUUAGCGACGAUGCUCUCCGCCGGGGUUCCUAUUGAUAAGGUUAUCAGUCACAUGUAUAGCUUAGCAUAUCCUAGAGUUAAGGGUGGGCGUAAAGUCUUGUAUAACGGCAUCUCGACUUCUCAGUGGCAUUGGUGA